AUGUGCACAGACGGGGAGCAACGCGACGCUUUCCUCAGCGCUCAGGAUCCAGCUGUAGAUCAGGAGCUCGCUGAUCUACUCUACUCUGUACUUGGAUCACGACAUCUUGACCCAGUCCAUGCACCCAUCUUGCGCGCUCUCCUCAAGUUGUCGGAGAAUACUGAUCUCUUACCUCAACGCCUGGCCCACAACAGCCUGCAGGUUGCGGGUGGUCCACCCAUCCAUAGCACUAGAAUUAGCAAGAUCCAUAGAGGGAAGGUGGACGACCGUGUGGUGGCGGUCAAGGUUUCCAACCAUUCACCGGAGCUGGAGCUAGGGGAGUACUUGAACAAGGCGUUCAAGCGAGAAGCCAUCAUCUGGAGUCAGCUGCAUCACCCUAACGUGCUGCCUUUCUACGGCCUGUUCCAGGCGGAGGGAGAACAUUUUUACUCCCUCCUCUCACCUUGGAUGGAUAAUGGAAACAUCACGGACUUCCUCAAAGCGGAACCACAAACUGAUCGACAAGAACUGAUCUUCGACAUCGCCAGAGGCCUAGAAUACCUCCAUAAUCUUGAUCCGCCUGUAAUUCAUGGGGAUCUUAAACCGGUAUGCCUGUUUAUCGUCGCUGGAGCAAUGUUCACUCACCGUCCACCGAAGAAUAAUAUCUUCGUCACUGCCAACAAGCGCGCUUGUAUUGGCGACUUUGGUCUAGGCAAACUCCCUCGAGACCCCAAAUGGGGCAUAUCACGAAGUUCCAGCCUUUUUGCUGGGAAUGAACUUUACUGCGCUCCAGAACUCCUCGAAGAGAUUAUCGAAGGAGAGGCGGAAUCUGUCAGUGAUGCCACAGAGGAUGACCAACUGGGAUACAAGACGCUUGCUAGUGAUGUCUAUGCAUUCGCCUGUAUUUGUUACGAGGUUUAUCAUGGCAAACCUCGAUUUUUUGAUCUUCACGGCCUCAGGCGUUGGAAAGCAAUAGUUGGGCUAAUUGAUGAUCCAACCCACAAGCCUGGAGGGAUGAGCGACUUGCUAUGGCACUGGGUUGAAUGCUUCUGGGAUCGCAACCCUGCAGCAAGGCCAUCAAUUUCAGCGUUCGUGCAGGCAAUGUGUCCGACUCCUCUCAACAAUCCUUACAAGUACGACACGGCCUGGGAUUGGACGUUCCUGCAAGACUCACCUAAUGACUAUGAUGGCUCAAUGAAGAAGGUCAGACCUGAGGAAUUGACCGACAAUGACAUUGUGAUCGCAUUGAUGGGGCCUACUGGCACAGGGAAAAGCACUUUCAUCAAUUGCGCACUGGGUGACGAUGUUGCUAGGGUUUCUGGCUCCGUCAGGUCGUGCACUUCGAAGGUCGAGCUGUUCGCGUGCUUCCACCCGGAUAAACCAGAGCAACGAGUUUUCUUUGUGGACACUCCCGGUUUCGACCAUACCGAAGACGUUAGCUCCGAGAAGCAGACGCUGGCACAAGUCGCAGAUUGGCUGAUAAAAACGUACAAAGAAAACAUCAGGCUCAGCGGUGUCCUCCACUUCUGUAGCGUCACUUCAGCACGUUUCUCAGGCACCGACCGAGUGAAUCUCCGCGUUUUCACUGAACUAUGCGGUCCGGAAGCUUUGGAUAAUGUCGUCAUUGUAUCGACUGGAUGGGAAGACCUCGAGACUGAUGAGCUAGUAACACUCGGCGAAAAGCGUGAAGAGCAAUUGCGAAACACGUUUUUGGAUGACGCUGGCCUUGACCAAGUUCGCUACUGUCGCUUCUCGGAGAGGACAACGCAGAGCGCUUGGCGUAUCAUCGACCUGUUCCAACAACAAGGCAAUCAACGAAGGCCACUCCUGAUACAAACAGAGGUCGUCGACAAGCGGCUACCGCUAUCGCAAACCUCGGCUUUUCAAGCCAUUCGUAGAAGAUGGAAUAAAUGGGCCAAAUCUUGGAAAGGCCCAAAGCUCUUGGCUUAA